GGACGCGGUGCUCGCAGGCAGGCUCUCCCUCCGAGCGGACGGUUGGGCCUCGCCGAGCGCCGCUAUGUCGCGGCAGAGCACCCUGUUCAGCUUCUUCCCCAAGUCUCCGGGGCUGAGCAAGCCCCCGGCCAGGGCCUCACGCGAAGGCGGCGAUGCCCGGCCAGGCGCGGGGGCCUCCGCUUCUCCCGGCGGCGACGCGGCCUCGAGCGAGGCUGGAGGGCCCGGGCGCAGGCCCGCGGCGGACUCUGCCGCGCCACCGAGGACGAGAAGCUUCAACGGAGGACUCCGGAGGGCGGCUGCGGCGCCCGCGGCUGCGCCUGUCAGUUGUGACUUUUCACCUGGUGACUUGGUUUGGGCCAAGAUGGAGGGCUACCCCUGGUGGCCUUGUCUGGUGUACAACCACCCCUUUGAUGGAACAUUCAUCCGCCAGAAGGGGAAAUCGGUUCGUAUCCAUGUACAGUUUUUUGAUGACACCCCAACAAGAGGCUGGGUUACCAAGAGGCUAUUAAAGCCGUACACAGGUUCAAAAUCAAAGGACGCCCAGAAGGGAGGUCAUUUUUAUAGUUCAAAGCCUGAAAUAUUAAGAGCAAUGCAACACGCAGAUGAAGCCCUGAAUAAAGACAAAAAUAAGAGGCUUGAGUUGGCUGUGUGUGAUGAGCCCUCAGAGCCGGAAGAGGAAGAAGAGAUGGAGGUAGCUGCAGCUAACACAUCAGAGAAGAGUGAAGAAGAUAAUGUAAUUGAGAGUGAAGAGGAAAUGCAGCCUAAGGUGCAAGGAUCUAGGCGAAGCAGCCGCCAAAUAAAGAAACGAAGGGUCAUUUCAGACUCUGAGAGUGAUGCUGGUGGCUCUGAUGUGGAAUUCAAGCCAGACGCUAAGGAGGAAGGGAGCAGUGAUGAAAUCAGCAGCGGGGGGUGUGACAGUGAAAGUGAAGGCCUGGACGGUCCCAUCAAAGCUGCACCCAAGCGAAAGAGAAUGGCGACGGGCAAUGGGUCUCUUAAAAGGAAAAGUUCAAAGAAAGAAGUAUUGUCAACCACCAAGCGAGCAUCUGGCAUUGCAGCAGAAACCAAGAGCACUCUUAGUGCUUUUUCUGCUCAGAAUUGCGAAUCCCAGUCCCAGGCUAGCGGAGCAGCUGAUGACAGUGGUCGGCCUGCUACCUGGUACCAUGAAACUUUAGAAUGGCUUAAAAAGGAGAAGAGACGAGACGCGUACAGGAGACGGCCUGACCACCCUGACUUUGAUGCAUCCACACUUCAUGUGCCUGAAGAUUUCCUUAAUUCCUGUACUCCUGGCAUGAGGAAGUGGUGGCAGAUUAAGGCUCAGAACUUUGAUCUUGUCAUCUUUUAUAAGGUGGGGAAGUUUUAUGAACUGUAUCAUAUGGAUGCUCUUAUUGGUGUGAAUGAACUUGGGCUGGUAUUCAUGAAAGGCAACUGGGCCCAUUCUGGCUUUCCCGAAAUUGCAUUUGGCCGUUAUUCAGAUUCCCUGGUGCAGAAGGGAUAUAAAGUAGCACGAGUUGAACAGACUGAAACCCCAGAAAUGAUGGAAGCAAGAUGCCGAAAGAUGGCACACAUAUCUAAGCAUGAUAAAGUGGUCAGGAGGGAGAUCUGUAGAAUCAUCACCAAGGGUACACAGACGUACAGUGUGCUGGAAGGUGAUCCUUCUGAAAACUACAGUAAGUAUCUUCUUAGUCUGAAGGAAAAAGAAGCAGAUUCUUCUGGCCACACUCGUGUGUUCGGUGUGUGCUUCGUUGAUGCUUCAUUGGGAAAGUUUUUCCUAGGUCAGUUUUCAGAUGAUCGCCAUUGUUCCAGACUGAGGACUCUAGUGGCACACUAUCCUCCAGUACAGGUCUUGUUUGAGAAAGGAAAUCUCUCCAUGGAAACUAAGUCAGUCCUGAAGGGUUCAUUAUCCUCUUCUCUUCAGGAAGCUCUCAUCCCAGGCUCCCAAUUUUGGGAUGCAGGCAAAACCCUGAGGACUCUCCUUGAAGAAGGGUAUUUUACAGAAAAGGUAAACGCGGACAGCGGGGUGAUGCUACCCCAGGUGCUUAAGGGCAUGACCUCAGAGUCUGAUUCCAUUGGGCUCACACCAGGAGAGAACAGUGAGUUGGCCCUCUCCGCUCUUGGUGGUUGUGUCUUUUACCUCAAAAAAUGCCUUAUUGAUCAGGAGCUCUUAUCAAUGUGUAAUUUUGAAGAAUAUAUUCCUUUAGACUCUAAUGUGGUCAGUACUGCCAGACCUGGUGCUAUCUUUCAGCCCAGUCAGCGGAUGGUGCUAGACGCAGUGACCUUAAACAACUUGGAGAUUUUUCUGAACGGGACAAAUGGCUCUACUGAAGGGACCCUGUUAGAGAGGAUCGAUUCUUGCUGUACUCCCUUUGGUAAGCGGCUCCUCAAGCACUGGCUUUGUGCCCCACUCUGUAACCCUAACGCUAUCAGUGAUCGUCUAGAUGCCAUAGAAGACCUCAUGGCUGUGCCUGAGAAAGUCUCCGAAGUUGUAGACCUUUUGAAAAAGCUCCCAGAUCUUGAAAGGCUGCUGAGUAAAAUCCAUAAUGUCGGCUCUCCUCUGAAGAGCCAGAACCACCCAGACAGCAGGGCCAUAAUGUAUGAAGAAACGACUUACAGCAAAAAGAAGAUCAUUGAUUUCCUUUCUGCUCUGGAAGGAUUUAAAGUCAUGUGUAAAAUCAUAGAGAUUAUGGAAGAUGCUGUCAGUGACUUUAAGUCUAACCUCCUGAAGCAGGUCAUUACUCUGCAGACCAAAAAUCCUGCAGCCCGCUUUCCUGAUUUGACUGCAGAGCUGCACCGAUGGGACACAGCUUUUGACCACGACAAAGCACGCAAGACUGGGCUGAUUACUCCUAAAGCAGGCUUUGACAGUGACUAUGACCAAGCUCUUGCGGACAUAAAAGAAAAUGAACAGAGCCUCCUGGAAUACUUGGAGAAGCAGCGCAGUCGAAUUGGUUGUAGGACUAUAGUGUACUGGGGGAUCGGCAGGAAUCGUUAUCAGCUGGAAAUCCCAGAGAACUUCACUACACGUAACCUGCCAGAAGAAUAUGAAUUGAAAUCUACCAAGAAGGGCUGUAAACGAUACUGGACCAAAACUAUUGAGAAGAAGUUGGCCAGUCUGAUCAAUGCUGAAGAACGGAGAGAUGUAUCCUUAAAGGACUGCAUGCGGCGACUCUUCCAUAACUUUGAUAAAAACUACAAGGACUGGCAUUCUGCCGUAGAGUGCAUCGCAGUGUUGGAUGUCUUAGUGUGCCUGGCUAACUAUAGUCGAGGGGGUGAUGGCCCCAUGUGCCGCCCAGUAAUUCUGUUGCCAGGAGAAGACACUCUUCCCUUCUUAGAGCUCAAAGGAUCACGCCACCCCUGCAUUACCAAGACAUUUUUUGGAGACGACUUUAUUCCUAAUAACAUUCUGAUAGGCUGUGAGGAAGAUGAGGAAAAUCACAAAGCCUAUUGUGUGCUUGUUACUGGACCAAAUAUGGGCGGCAAGUCUACCCUCAUGAGACAGGCUGGCCUAUUAGCUGUAAUGGCCCAGAUGGGUUGUUAUGUACCUGCUGAAGUGUGUAGGCUCACACCAAUUGAUAGAGUGUUUACUAGACUUGGUGCCUCAGAUAGAAUAAUGUCAGGUGAAAGCACAUUUUUUGUUGAACUGAGUGAGACGGCCAGCAUACUUAAGCAUGCAACAGCACAUUCUCUGGUUCUUGUAGACGAAUUAGGAAGAGGUACUGCAACCUUUGAUGGGACAGCAAUAGCAAAUGCAGUUGUUAAAGAACUUGCUGAAACUAUUAAGUGUCGGACUUUGUUUUCUACUCACUAUCAUUCAUUAGUAGAAGAUUAUUCUCAAAAUGACGCUGUGCGUCUAGGACAUAUGGCAUGCAUGGUAGAAAAUGAGUGUGAAGACCCCAGUCAGGAGACUAUUACCUUUCUCUAUAAAUUCAUUAAGGGAGCUUGUCCUAAGAGUUAUGGCUUUAAUGCAGCAAGGCUUGCAAAUCUUCCAGAGGAGGUCAUUCAAAAGGGACAUAGAAAAGCAAGAGAAUUUGAGAAAAUGACUCAGUCACUACGGUUAUUUAGGGAAAUUUACCUGGCUACUGAGAGGCCAACUGUAGAUGCUGAAUCUCUCCGUAAGUUGCUGACUUUGACUAAAGAAUUAUAGGCUACAACUGGAAACUUUGACUUUUGACGAAGUUGGUAAAUUCACACAACAUUAUGAUCUAAUAAACUUUAUUUUUUAAAAAUGA